UGUGAGGUGAGAUGACAAUUGUCACUUAUGUCACGCGAUUCCACCAGGCGUAUGCCGUGAGAAAUCUCACUUGAAUGAACUCUCACUUUAUUCCCGCUCUCAAAUAUACGUGACGAUUGUCACAUGAACUGGGAUUUCUAGGUGACAAUCGUCGACAUGUCUUGAGGUGUCGACAGUGCAUGAAAACAAAUGAAAAAAGGAAGAGGAAUAAUAAGUGUUUUUUUGGGUCGUAUAGAAUCGAUAGUAAUGGUAUUAUAUGUAUCAAUAAAUUCAAUUUAUCUUCAAUUUUCACAGUACGAAAGACAAAUUGCAAGUAGUUUUUUUUGUGAAAGCGGUAGUGAGUCUGUUAUUCCUCAAUUGGACGAAUAAGUACACCGAAAUUAUUUUCAUUUCAUGAAAUCUAUUUAUUUUCUCUAAAAUAUAUCUAUCAUAUGGGUCUUGUGUUUCAUCUAUCUAUCCGCGAGUCAUCGUCACCGAACUGCAUAUCCAUUUCAGAAGCCGUGGUAUAUGCCCGAGCCGGAGCCAGAGCAACCACCCUUAUUCUUGUUUUCGUACGAAUAGAAAACGUUCGAAAGUAUGCCUCAUUCGUAUCCUUGGUUUCGUACGAAAGAAAUCUAUCCAUUCGAACUUUCGAACAUCGUUCGUUCGAACGAAUUGUCCUAUCCUUGUUUUCGUACGAAAGUGUUUUUUCGCCUGUCAGUCAAACGUUAAUGUUGGGUUGCGAAUCAGACGAAGCGUAGAAGAAAAUUCAAUCGAUGUUUACGUUUUUGUGGUUUAUUCAGGUGAUGUGUGAAAAAUUGCUGUAGAAGCAGAAAGAAAGACAUUUCCAAUAGAAUAUUUCAACUCUAAAACCUAGACGAAACAGAACCUGGAUAGAACAAUGUCGAAACCAUCGAAAUCCAAAAGCACAAACAAGGAUCAAUACAGCCGACUGGUUGAUCUCUUGGAAGAGCAGCCGGAUAUCGCGAAGGGUUUCGCGAAAUGCAAUGCUUCUCCCUACUGGAAUUCUGUGGCAGCCGAGUUGAACAGUCUUGGGCCACCAACUAAAGAUUCAACUGCGUGGAAAAAGGUCUGGUUCGAUUGGAAAUCGAACACGAAACGCAAGCUAGCCCACAACCGUCGCGAGCAAUUUGCUACAGGUGGGGGUCCUAGUAAGUUUAUUGAACUUACUGCGCUGGAGGAACGAGUUGUUGUUCUUGCAGGACUUGCUCCAGCAGUUGAGGGCAUAGCCGACACUUGCAGUUUCGGGCUAGAACCUAGCGCAAAUCAAUCAAUUCAUGACAGUGGGGAAUCUGCGUCGAUUGAAGAUAAUCGAAUUCCGGAGGAUAGAGCCAAUGAGAAUAAUGAGACGCAUACAUCGAAGAAGAGGAGGACAUCAAUGCACACAUUGCUGGAGACACAAGUGCAAAACCAAGCAACGUUUCAUGACUCGGUCACCAAUAUUCUAAAAUGCUUUGAAAAAAAAACUGCUGAUUUGGUUCAUUAUAACAGACAGAUUUCGAAACAGUUAGAGAACAUAAACGAAACUAUCAACAAUGUGCUGAUGGAAAAUCAGAGGCACAAUCUGGAAUUAGAGAGAAUUAAUCUGGAAAAACUGAAAAUUAAAAAAAGGAUUCUUGAGAUGGAAUUAAGCCGUCUACAAUAGACAUUUCGAUUUUAAAACAAAUGUGAAUGUAAUGUAAUGUGAAUGCUAAGCUAUGUUGUAAUUUAAUGACAUGAAUUUUAAAAGUAUAUAUUGUAAUGUGAAUAUAUUACAUUUUCGAAUGUAAUAGUUAAAAACUACUCGAAAAAUUAGAAGUGCGAUAUCGAAAAUUUAAAUAAGGUUGUACCUUCGUGAGAAAUUAUCACAUGCAAAUAAAAAAUACAUAAUUUCAAAACUACAUUUAUGUAAGGUCUACUUAUUGCUUUGAUAAAUAUAAAAUUCGAACACCAAUCUUUCAGAGUACCAAAAAUCGAUUCUUUGUAGUGUCUUAUAAAAUAUACAAGUACUAGUGUUUGUUAUAAUUUUUAAUAAGAUGCUGAAGAUUUCAUUUUGAUUCGUGUCGCCGUUAUGGUUUUCUGAUUGUUCAAAGCUUUGAUAGCAUUAGUGACGAACCUGAUCGAGUUAAAACUACACAGUUCGAUUGACAAACUAAGAAUCAUUUUUAUUUCCUGUCUGAGCUAUAAAGAUACAGUUCACUUUUCAAUGCUACUUAUAUUAAACAAAGUGGCCUAUUGUCCUAGAUCGGUCAAGUCAAUGAACAACAACACACGUUAAAUAAGUAAUGCUAACAUCAACAUGUGAGAUAUCACGUCACUGACUAGGUGGUAGUUGGUGACUCGGUGCAUGUUUGUGGUCCAACUUGUUAAUGUUUUCAACAUGUGAUACGUUAUGGCGCUGGUACAAGAAUGUAGGUGGUCAGGAUCGUUGCUACUGUUGUUUAAGUUCUACCUGAGUAUUCGUAUAGAAAAUGAAAACAGAAAAACAUUGUAUUUGGAUCAAAUAUUGUUUUUGGUGGGUGCCGCGUUUGCUGACAAAAACAGCGGCGAGUUGAUGAUUCAAUAGUCGGUUUGGCAUUGUUGAAGCGAAAUUGAGUUGACUUCGUUCUACGUUUUGUGACAAUGGAUGAAACGUGGAUCCAAUCCCACACUCCUGAGUCCAAUAGGCAGUCUGCAGAGUGGUUGAGAAAUUUAUUUAUAUAUCCCAUACUAUAAUGCCGGGUGUUCGGGUUCGAUUCCCGUUCUGGCCGGGGGAUUUUUCGUCAAAGAAAAUUCUUCCGGUUUGCUGUGGUCACGCGUAUUCUAGAGCUUGCCACUCCAGAGUACAUUCAAGGCGUGUUAUUCGGCAUAGAAAUCUCAACCAAGUAUUAAUGAAUGACCCUAGUUAAUGCAUACGUUGAGACGGCAAAAGUUCCACAGCGAACGUUAACGCCAUUCAAGAAUAUCAUAAAACCGAUGUUUGUUUUAUCGAAUUACGAUUUAGUCAUAUCAUGAUAAAUAAAAUCGGGUUUUCCCAUUUUAUACAAUUUUAGAUAUAUACGAUGUAUAAUUUAAUCCACGUUACAAACGAGUGUGAUUUAAUCCAACUUUAUAUACAACUUAGAAUAUGCAAGUUAUACGAUUUGAAUCAGUUCUCAAGACAAAUAAUGGAUACUGUUAUGCUGCAAUGAUGGAAAACUAUAGAAUUUACCUCAACUUGAAUAAAUCAUGCGUUUUUCGAUGUAAUAUUUCACGAUAAUAAAUAUAAUUGAAUGUGUUUUAAACUAUACUAUGUAAAUUAAUGUUUUCGUCAGUGAAGGAAAUAUUUAUUUGUAAAUAUUUAACAUAUAUAUGAAGGGUAUAUAAAAUCUAGAAUAUAGGAAUUCGACACUUUAAAACAUCUAUUCAGUUGACUGAACCUCAUCAUUGUCGUUCUUAAAAUAUAAACAUAUAUUGUGCAGGGCACAGCAAAC